AUGGCCCACAAAACUCAGAAUGCGACACAAGAUAAUGAACACGGCAGUUUAGAAAAUUCUAAUGAAGAAAAGCAGUUUGGAGACAAAGAGAUUAAUACAAAUAGCACUGAAGUGGUUGAUGUUGAUCAAAACAAGUCUGUCUCAAAUGUGGAAGUGACUGAAAAGAUUGAACUGAAUGGUAAUGAAAAGGCCAAGGAAACUGAAGUGGGCAGUGGUGAGAGUAAUCACUUGGAACCAGGCAAUGGUUCCACGCCUAAUCCAACGGAACAGAAACAAGUGGACACCAAGACAGAUGACUCUACACCGAAAAAUUCAACCAAUCAGCUGCAAAUGGACACAAAGAUGGAUGACUCUACACCACAAAGUUCUACAGAUCAGCAGCAAGUGGAGACUAAGUCCAAUGACUCUACACAGCAAAACGUUGUAUUAGAGCAAACCGAGAGAUCUGAUGUAGCUGCCAACAGUGAGCAACAAGACUCUAGCACAACUGCUUCCACUAUAACUGAGAAUGGUGAUGCUACAAAUGGAGUAACCCCAGAUACUUCUAGUAAUUCUGAAUCUGGUGUCUCGGAUAGUCAGACUGUCAACUCCAGUACACCUACAGAAACAGAUAAAAGUUCUGCACCUUCAACCAUGAGCAUUGUUCAGACUCAAAAGCUCAGCAGUAACACCGAGGUAGAAGGAACACAGGAAAAUAUACUCUCUCAAAAAACAAACGAGAAUGAAGAUGCUGGCCAAAAGCAAGGUGGUGAUUCUUCUUCCUUUCAACAAGAGAAAGAUGCCCCCUCAAACCCAGAUAACAAAUUGGAUGCGAGCCAGAACGAAAAUGGCAGUGGUGUUCCAAACAACCCAAACGAAAACGCUGAUACAGGUGCAGGCCAUAAGGAAGAAUCAGUUGACUCGUCAAAUUCUUCAGCAUCCCAGGACAAAGAAGAAUCGUCAAACGCCAAUACUAAUGUUGAGGACAAAACUGCAUCCCAGGACAAAGAAGAAUCGUCAAAUUCUUCAGCAUCCCAGGACAAAACUGCAACUAAUAACAGUGGUGAUACGGCCGCUGAGUAA